AGAAGGAACUGGUGCACUUAUAAGGCAAUGACAUGACUGUGGUUGCGCGCCGGCUACUUACCCUUUUGUGCUUCAUCCCCAAUCUUUCAGUCUGAACGACUUGGGAUCUAAGAGCUGGGACAGCUAGGAUUUCAAGGCUCACGUGCGCAUGGAAAGUUGAGAUACGCCAUGUCAGACGCGGAGAACACCCUCAAGAAUGGAGAGAUCGAUCCAUUUCGGCGUCCGGCGGAGCUGAGCGACGACGGCGAUGUCAACUCUACGCACAAGGAGGAUGUUUUGUCGCUGGAGCAUACAGACCCGGUUCUGCAUGCUAAAAUGCAUCUCAUCAACAACGCGAUUGACGAGAUCGGCUUCACCGGCUAUCAGACGAAGCUGUUCAUCUUGAACGGCUUUGGCUACGCUGUCGACUCGCUCGUUCUACUGAUACAGUCUGUCAUCGCCAGCAAAGCCGCUCUUGAGUUCCAUCCAUCAUAUGACACUGCCUUAACCAUCGCAGCCUACUGUGGUAUGCUUGCUGGUGCGCUUUUUUGGGGCAUGAGUGCCGAUAUAAUCGGACGCAAAUUCGCAUUCAACUUCUCCUUGAUCUUCUGCUCGGUGUUUGCUAUAGUGGCGGGUGCUUCACCAAGCUGGCCUGUUCUUGGGACCUUUAUUGCACUGUGCAGCUUUGGUGCAGGUGGAAACCUUGUCCUUGAUACAGCAGUCUUCUUGGAGUAUCUUCCUAGUAAGCAACAGUGGCUCUUGACGCUGAUGGCCGCAUGGUGGGGCGUUGGCCAGCUCAUCGCAGGCCUCUUUGCGUGGGCGUUCAUCCCGAACUUCAGUUGUCAGGAUCCCACAAUCUUCCCUGACGCCGCUCCUUGCACGCGCGGCAUCAACUGGGGUUGGCGCUACGUCUGGUUCGCCUCUGGUGCUCUUGUGUUCGUCAUGUCCAUUGCGCGUGUCUCUGUCAUCCGUCUCAAGGAAACUCCAAAGUACCUUAUCGGCGAAGGCAAAGACGCCGAAGUUGUCGAGACCCUCCAAGAGAUCGCUACAAAGUACAAUCGCCCCUGUAGCCUAACCCUCGCGAGCCUUGAAGCCUGUGGCAUCAUAGACUCACAGGUUCGUCGUAACUCCGUCGCGCACGCAAGCAAACGAGCCUCGCUCGCAGAGAUCGGCCUCCACCUUCGUGGUCUCUUUACAACACGCCGUAUCGGCACCUCCACCGCCAUGAUAUGGUUCUCCUGGACGCUCAUCGGUCUGGCAUAUCCAUUGUACACCGUCCUUCUCCCGAAAUAUCUCGAGUCGCGCGGUGCGGCUGUGGGCACGACGUCCGAGUAUAUUCAGUGGCGGAAUUACGCUAUCAUCAACAUGUGCGGCAUCUUCGGGCCUAUUCCAGCUGGCUUCAUGUGUGAGACUAGGCUUGGUCGAAAGUAUACCAUGGUCAUUGGAGCGCUCACCACGAUGGUGUUUCUAUUCGCGUACACGCAAGUUCGUACCGCAGCCCAGAACCUGGGAUUCAAUUGUGCUAUCAACUUCUGUCUGAAUAUUUACUACGGAACUUUGUAUGCGUACACGCCCGAAGUGCUACCGUCUGCUCAUCGCGGGACCGGGAACGGAUUUGCGGUGGGUUUCAAUCGCGUUAUGGGAAUAUUGAGUGCAAUCAUUGCGGAGGAAGCAGAUCCGAGAACCGCAGUGCCGAUCUAUAUAUGCGCCGCGCUUUACGUUGUCAUGGCUCUCGUUGCGGCGCUGUUUCCCUUUGAGCCAAGAGGUUCUCGGAGUAGCUAGUUGCUGGUAUAUCAAUCAUUUUGUCCCCAGAACGGAUAGACUUGCACGUAAUGCGAAGCACUGUAUGAGUCUGACAGACACGAAUUACCGUAUCCACGUGGAGAUUCCGAGUAAAUGCCAAGCCUCCAAAAGUGUCAACCUAAGUCCGCGUCAGUCUAGCUAAUUAGGUCAUAUUGAAAUGUGUCUGCCUACGAA